UAGACAACGAAACAAGCAGGCUACGGAUCAGAAAGAAAUGUAAUGAGUUGUCUGCCUAAAUGGAUUUUCAAAAUUUACUGCCGUGUUUUUCGGGUGUUGCCAGAAAUGGGGGAUAGGUCAAGUAAAGCCGGAGGCUUUGGUGUAAUGAGUCCGGCGAUAGGAAGACUUGGCGACGAGGAUAACUACUGGACUUGGCGCAUUCUAAUAAGAUCUUAUCUGGAGGCAUUAGGACUGUGGGCGGGCAACUUUCCAAGGGAGGGGCCGCAAGCCAAGUUCAUCUUGCUGAGCACAGUGGAAGUUUGGGUACUGAAAAGAGAGUAUGAGCACUCAAGUUGCAAACAAAUCUUUCAAGAUUUAGAGCAACGCUUUAGUGUACCACGACCAAAAUCCUCCCAAUUGGCUGUAAGCAACUAGGUACAUGACGGAAAAUAAUUGACAGAUAUCAAAACACUUUUCGGUUUUUUAAAUGGAGAAUGGAGUAAAAUGGAGUAUUUUAAAAUUAGCUCUGGCACUCUUGAAUGUGAUUGCGUUUGGUAUGAGUCAAAUACUCAGAAUGAGUCGCAACACUUGGUAAAUUUCUGGAUAUUUUGCAUUUAAUCUAAAUAAAUACUACACA